GCAAAACGAAGAAGAGAUGAAGUGACAGAUAAUACGUCUGAUUUGACGGAUUUAUCAAAGUCAAAAUAAAAUUUCCUUUGCCAAACGCCCUUUGAUCCAAACUCCAAACCAAAUCAAAUAAUGCCGUAAUGCGCCGUUCGCGUAAAGUUUAAAAUUUCUAGUAAUCGAAUCGAACCUCGUUAAUUUAGUAUAGUAUAGUGAAAUGCCAGCCCACUGUCGUAUCCUCUAAGUGAAACAACAAACCAAGAAAAUGAAUCUGGACGACUCGGGGGGCAACAUCAGCAUAGGCGUCGAGACCGUUUACGGCACUCACGAAGAUUCGCACGUCGUCAUGUCGGAGAAGGUGCAAUCUUUGGCCGGGAGCAUCUACCAAGAAUUCGAAAAAAUGAUAGCCAGAUACGACGAGGACGUCGUCAAGACCCUCAUGCCCCUUUUGGUCAACGUUUUGGAGUGCUUGGAUGCUGCCUAUCAACAAAAUCAGGAACAAGAUGUGGAAUUAGAAUUACUAAGAGAAGAUAACGAACAACUCGUAACGCAGUACGAACGAGAAAAAGGUGCUCGAAAAGCUUCAGAACAAAAAUUACUGGAAUACGAAGAUGCAGCCGAAGGUGAGCGUAAAGAGAUGUCAACGCGCUUGGAAGCCCUGGAAAGCAUCGUGCGAAUGCUGGAGCUCAAACACAAAAACUCGAUGGAGCACGCCGGUCGCUUGGAGGAGAGAGAGGCCGAAUUGAAGAAGGAAUACGCGAAAUUGCACGAACGCUACACCGAAUUGUUCAAAACUCACGUCGACUACAUGGAACGGACGAAAUUGCUGCAUUCUAGUCAACAGCUGGCCAACGAACGGGUGGACACGGGCCGGUUGAAUUCCAAUCGAUUGAACGUUGGCAGGAGCUCGGGGCCGAUUUCGUUCGGUUUCGAGUCGCUGGCGAACGCCGAGAUCGUGGACAGCGUACCGUCGUCGCCCAUCAGCAGCACUCACUCCUCUCCGAGUUUACACAUCGAGGUGAACAGUCUAAGGGACGGUAUCGAUAAAGUGGAAAGAGGCCAGACGACCGAUUCGUUGAAUUUGGAAAACAAGAGCGUCGUGACGUCGCCCAUUAGCCCCCAACCAGUGCAGAACAAUAACAGCCGGAUGAAUACGAAGAAAGAACAAAGAAGCGGCAAUACAUUGUAUCAGGAAUUGAGUUAUCACGACGUCGAUAACGAUGAUGAAGCUGGAGAUAUUACGGGCGGUUGGGUACAUCCCGGGGAAUACGCUUCAUCAGUCAACGAUAAUUUCUAUGGCAUGGGCAAAGAAGUGGAAAAUUUAAUAAUGGAAAAUAACGAAUUAUUAGCUACAAAGAACGCUUUGAACGUGGUCAAAGACGAUUUGAUCGUCAAAGUGGACGAACUGACGGGCGAAAUCGACAUGCUGCGCGAGGAAAUCCUUUCGUUGAACGUCUCCCGGACGAAACUACGCGAAAGAAUCAGCGAUUUGGAGGAGGAAUUGAAGAAGGUGAAAGAGGCGAACGAGGCGAAACAAGAAGUCGACGAAGAAUCGGACGUUCCGAUGGCUCAAAGAAAGCGAUUUACCCGAGUCGAAAUGGCCAGGGUGCUCAUGGAACGCAACCAAUACAAAGAGCGUUUCAUGGAGCUGCAGGAGGCCGUCCGUUGGACUGAAAUGCUGAGAGCGUCGAAGUGCGAUUCGCCGUUCGAAAAGAACGCCAACAAGAGCAUAUGGAGGUUCUUCAGCAAUCUGUUUUCGGGCGCUGAGAAAGUACAAAGGCCGAUGGUGGUGCCGCAGUUGCGCUAUCAAACGACGACGAAUCAGGUGACGCCCGGUAUAAAGGCGUUGCCCCGGAUUGGCGGACACCACGAGCUAAUCGAAACCGAAAUGGAUUCGAGCAAACUGGCUGUGAAGAAGGCGCUGGAGAGAAGAGACCAGUACCGGCAAGUGCGAGCGCACGUGAAGAAAGAAGACGGCCGAUUGCAAGCGUAUGGUUGGAGUUUACCGUGCAAGGUAAAUUCGCCGGGCAGGAGUACCAGCGGAGGUGUUCCGGUACCGGUACCCGUAUACUGUCGUCCACUAGCCGAAACCACUCCGGAUAUGAGAAUUUGGUGCGCUGCCGGAGUGAAUCUCAUGGGCGGUUAUACCAAAGAUGGUGGUUUAAUGGUAGGAGGAAGUGUAUUCUAUUCCGACGAACCGAACUCACCGCUACCGAAACCCCAAUCGGAAAUCGACACUCUGGAUCAAGAACUCAAUUUCGGCAAAGAAGGCGCCCUAUUAGAAACGCAACUAUCAUCCUACGUUUGGAUUUGCACCACCAAAGGUUACAUAGGCAACUCCUCGCCGUUCGCCAGCCUGGUCACCAUCAUCGACGCCAACAAUCCGGCCGAGCUGUUGACCAGCUUCGGCGUGUGUUCGGGCCACGUUCUCUGCAUAGCCAGCGUGCCGGGCGCCAGUUUGAGCGACUACGAAAAGACCCCGUCGCGAAUCGAGUACCCCGAAAACGACGCCGUCCGAGCCGACGAGGACAAGGCCAAAAACGAAGAGGACGAUCAGGAGGAAACCGCUAGUCACGCGUCGGUGCGAGAGAGUCCCAAAUCCACCAGGACGCAAGAAGACCAAGAGGAAGCUACCUUGCUGGGUAGAAUAACGUUCGUGGAAAAGGACGAGUCGGUCUCGAAUAGAAGAGAUAAACUAACCAAACAAGAAGACAUUUGUGAUAGUAGCGAAGCUAAGUUAGAUAAUAUUAGUGAAAAUUCGAACGAGGCGGGAACGGGCGAAGCCGCCCAAUCGAGGCAAAAGGAGGAAACCCAAACGCCCGAAGUGAUGUCGAGCGUAUUGGCUACCAUGUGGCUGGGCGACGAGAACGGCAACAUCUACGUUCACUCGUCCGUCGCCAAUUGGGCGCAGUGCUUGCACACCGUCAAAAUGAAAGACGCCAUCAUAUCCAUCGUGCACAUUCAAGGGCGAGUGGUGGUCGCGCUGGCCUGCGGCCAAGUGGCCGUAUUCAAACGGAACGACGACGGCGAGUGGGAUUUGUCGCAGUAUCACCUGGUGCAGAUCGGCCUGCCUUCGCAAUCGGUGCGCCAAUUGGCCGUCGUCGGCGAUAAAGUUUGGUGCGGUUACAGGAACAAGAUACACGUGCUGCAGCCGCACGAUUUGACGAUCGUGCGUACGUUGGAGGCGCACCCGCGCAGGGAGAGUCCCGUGAGGCAAAUGGCUUGGUUGGGCGAAGGAGUUUGGGUAUCCAUCCGAUUAGAUUCGACUCUUCGAUUGUACCACGCGCAUACUUACCAGCAUCUGCAGGACGUCGAUAUAGAACCCUACGUUAGUAAAAUGUUAGGUACGGGUAAAUUAGGAUUUUCGUUAGUGCGCAUAACCAGCUUGUUGAUAUCGUCGAACCGCCUGUGGAUAGGCACCAGUAACGGCGUGAUAAUAUCGGUACCGUUGGCCGAUAACAACGGUCAGGCGGGCGCCAUCGUGGUGAAGCGCGCCUCGACGCCCGGCGGCGUCGUGAGGGUGUCGCAGCCGCCGCUGCCGGGCAGCUUCGUGCCCUAUUGCACCAUGGCGCACGCGCAGCUCAGCUUCCACGGGCACAGGGACAACGUCAAGUUCUUCGUGGCGGUGCCCGGUAACGGAGGUAUGAGUGCUGCUUCGACUCCUUCGGAAGCCAUGUCGGUGUCUUCGGUCGGGGUUAAUUCGAAAGCCCCGUCGGCUAUGCUGGUCAUUUCGGGCGGUGAAGGAUACGUCGAUUUUAGAAUCGGUGAUGAAAUGGAGGAUAGUAUGAUAGGUCAGCAAGAUGUAAUAGUGCAAGGUGAAAUGGAGGAGUCGCUGAGAAAGAACAAUUUGUCGCAUUUGGUCGUUUGGCAAGUUUCGGCUAGUUAAUUUUAUUUCACCUGUUGGCGUGAUAAAUUGUGGUAUUUAUUACUUUUUUUUCAAAGACGCGUGGUGGUAAUGCAAUAUAUUUAUUUCACUUUUUGUAUUUAUCGAAUCGAAACCAAAUAUCGCAAAUGAAAUUGUUCAAGGUAAGCUCGUAUUGAAUUGUUGAAUAUAUUUUUCAAUUUUAAAUAACCGAAUUUGUAGAAAUUGUUUUAUAUUUUGUUGAUCGAUAUUUAUUGUUAUACAUUAAUUGUUAAUUGCAUAAAUUGUUUUUAACAAUUAACAUCCUAAGGAUUUUUUGCGGAUGUUUUUAGUUAAUUAUUCUUUUUUUUUGUUAUGUAUUUAAUUUACGAUUAUUUUUUUAAUUUAUUUGACGAAUGAACUAUAUAAACAAUAGUUAAUAAACUUCGUACUAUAAAUACUGUUAUAAUGGAUAUUUUAAUUCUGUAACUCAAAAAAAAAAUUAGAAUAAAAGAAAA